ACACACUUCUGCACUUUUACAGCGCAGGUAUCUGCCCCACAGCGUUGUUUCUAGCUCUCCGACGUCAUUGGAGAGCUUUUCACUUCCUGCAACCCCCAACAACGUGGCUAAACCCAGUGUCUGCCCCUCCGGCGGCUACAGCUCCCCGGACGCCGCAUAUAUCGCCCUUUGCUGCUCGCAAUCCCCCGCACGGCGUUUCCGUGCAUGGGUAACGGUUCCUAAAGUGUUUUAGCGGGACACCCGCCUCUGAUGAGCUUCCCACCACCGUUCAUCCGUCUCUCUCAUGUACUCGCCAUGCCGCCGUACUCUCCCUCUUCCAGCUCGGGCGACAGCCGAGACACAAGCCCCAUGCCCAUGUCCUUCGGAUCCCUGAAUACCAAUGGUGCGAAAAACAAAGUCCAGACGUCACCUUUUCUGAAGCUGCCGGUGGAUAUAUUCAAGUGCGUUCUGGAUUACCUCGAUCGAGAUGCCGCGUGGGCAUUGAAACGACUGUGUCGAGGCAUGUCGAAGUCCGAAGUGGUCGACGAGCUGCUGUAUCGAUAUCCGAUUCAGUUGGAUGACGUGAGGGACAUCAGGCUGGGCGAUUGGAAGUAUAGGACCAUGGGACAGGCGCGGUGGAUCAGCUUCAAGGAAAGCAUAAACGAUUCGAAUCGACGAUAUGUCCAGAAGCUGGCCAUGUCUCAUUGGGCCAGCAUUGCCGACUUCGUCUGGAUAGAGGAGAACCUCCCCGCCCUCACGAGUCUCGACAUUUCCGCCAUCAAGGAUUUUGUUUGGACACCCGAAGAGAUAUGGACAUGGAAAGAGCUAGCUGAAGCCUGUCCGAAGCUAUUCGCGCGCUUGGAGGAAAUAGAAGUGUCCAACUGGGCCGACUAUACUGCUCACUCGCGGAUCGAGUACAGCUACUCAUACAACGAUUACCGGUUCAAGCAGAAAUUCAGGAUGUCUAGACGGAGAGAGAAGGACGGAGGCUCUGUCGCCAAGAUGAUCUUUCCCGGCUGUACAAAACUCAAGACCCUCGCCAUCAGGGAGCCAUAUUCUGGUUUCCAUACUUGGAAUGAGUGGGAAGUCCACCAGCGGGUGUGUUGUCUCGUCGAUGGGGUUUCUAGAUACUGCCCAUCUAGUAUGACGAAGCUGCGGGUGCGCGAUUACGCGCCGUAUCGCUCGCUCUUCUCCACUGAUGCCUCCACAUGGUCAAAUCUUUCCGACAUCGAAAUCGGCUUGUACUCAUGGAUGGAGGACCGUCGAGACCGCGACGUCAUCGGGCCGAUACCUUACCGCAUUACCCAGGGUCACCACCAUCGGGAUGAGGAGGAAGCAUUCGAUGAUGACACCUUCAACGACUGCAAACGCGAUCACAUGACCCUAGGGAACCACGUCGUCCAGGGCGUUGGCGCCUCUUUCGAGGACCUACUACAGAGCUUGCGUGCUAUCACGGAGAAAUAUCCGAACGUAAACAUCAAGCCCAUCAGCACUCUUCGAGAUAUCACGCUACAUCCUUUCCACCUGGUGAACGUCAAUCAUCGAAGAGGACUCUCACAUCCUCCACAGCAUAACGUCGUUCAACAGCCUGAUCCGGUCUCGAACCAAGGAAUUCAGGACGCCCUUCGCUGGCUGGCCGAGAAAUGCGACUGGAGGCCGAUCCUAGCAUGGGACAGUAUGAUGUGUGACGUCUUUCCAGCCAAUCUUGAACCGAGUCGCGCGUUCCUGCCGAAAGCUGACGUCCUAACUCGCAUUCAAACGAUGGUCUCGACCCUCCGAUCCCUCAACAUCCCAAUCCGGCUGUCCAUUGGCGACCGGACGAAUAACUGCCCUAGUUCAGGCUUGGAUGGCUCUCUCUAUUUUGGCGACUACAAGACUUUCGUUGGCGAAGAUGAGAAUCGCCACGAAGUUCUGGCGCCUACACAAGCCUGCUUUAAUUUAACAGGUAUCGCCCACAUGGUCGACGAGCUCACGAUUCAGUACCCUGUCGAUGUUCCCGGUGUACAUGGCUGGCUUCGCGCGUCGAAGAGGCCAACAGAUGCCGAGAAAGUACUACUGCAGCGCGAGAUGAAGGGCUGGCGCCGGUUUUGGGCGCGUUACGCGCUGCAGUUCAAGAACCUCAAGAAGCUAACAGCCAACGUACCUAACGGAAUCUACGACGACUGGGGAAGGUGUGAAGGCCUCCGGGAAUUGCUAUCAGAUGAUCGAUGGGAGAUGCUCGAAGUUGAGGAAGACGGUGGUGGAUUCGGCUUUUUCGGGAGCUAUUUCCCUUUCUCUAGCUUGCGGUACAGCUUUGCACGAAAGCGACCCCGCAUGAAGUUCGUCCAGCGCGUGUUCUUCCGCCAGGACGAUGCACCGCUUGAUGUCAACAUGCCAAACCCGAGACUCUCAGAGCUGGAGCACGAGGAGAAUGAGAUAUCAGAGGAGCUCAUUGCCGAUAAGGAGUUGGGCGAGCAUCGGUUCUGGCGGCAGAAGCAGGAGAAGAAGGAGAGGGGCGAAAAGAGGACGGCACAGGAGGAUGGCCCGAAUGACGAGGACGAAGAGGGGCCGUCGAGGAAGAAGCAAAAAAGGGCCGAUUGACUAUUGGCGAGGCAGGUCGAGGAGCUUCUAGAUGACGUCUACGAGCUCCUUGGUCGAUAGAAAGCGGACGAGCGUUGUGCGGUCCCGCGACUGAGAAGCGCCGGGCACCCGACCUUGGGUCGCGGGACGGCAUUUGGUGAUGAUUUCUACGGAUGCAAUCGGACAUUCGGUAGAAUUAGGCAGUUGGUGCCGGGAUGAUAUGGACUUGGGUGAUGCACUCGGCUGCUCUCCGUGCGUGGAGUGGUCUUUCCUUCUGGACAUUUGGUACAUAGAGCGCUGCCUAAGGCUCUGGGGCUCAUGAUACAUAUGCGGUAUUACUUUAUAUAUACAUGUCUUGGUAGUCCAUAUGAGGUACAACCGAGCUUCUUUCUGCUUAUGGCG